AAUGAAAGCCGCCAUCUUGUCGCGCCGAGCAGCAGAAGAAGACAUGGCUGACUACAGCAACGUGGCUCCCCCGUCCUCUAACUCCGGUGGCGGGAUGAACGACGCUUUUAAAGAUGCUCUGCAGCGAGCACGACAGGUAGGAAGACCCAUCGCAGCGAAGAUCGGAGGCGAUGGCGUCGCGGCUCCUCCAUCAAAUGAGUUUGGCUACGGAGGCCAGAAAAGGCCCCUGGAGGACGCUGGUGGGUAUUUUCCCAUGCCUAACCUGAAUAUCGACCAGCCAGAGACGAAGAAAGUGGCUACAAGUGAUGCCUUUUCAGGAAUGGGAGGAAUGGGUGGUGCCCCAAGGUCAUUGUCAGAAGAGUUCAAGGUCCCAGAUGGAAUGGUCGGCUUCAUCAUUGGAAGAGGGGGCGAACAAAUAUCACGUCUGCAGCAGGAAUCUGGCUGUAAAAUACAGAUUGCCCCUGACAGCGGUGGCAUGCCAGACAGGUCGGUGACGUUAACGGGACCACCAGAAGCAAUCCAGGGUGCAAAGAGACUACUAUCAGAGAUUGUUGAGAAGGGACGUCCAGCUCCAGCGUUCCAUCACAACGACGGUCCGGGAAUGACUGUUCAGGAGAUCAUGGUCCCUGCCUCUAAAGCUGGACUUGUCAUUGGAAAGGGUGGAGAAACCAUCAAAAGCCUUCAGGAACGAGCCGGGGUGAAGAUGGUCAUGAUCCAAGAUGGACCCCAAAACACAGGCGCAGACAAGCCACUUCGAAUUUCAGGAGAGCCCUUUAAAGUUCAGCAAGCCAAAGAAAUGGUCAUGGAGCUGAUCAGAGACCAGGGCUUCAGAGAGCAGAGGGGCGAGUAUGGUUCGAGAAUUGGAGGAGGUGGAGGAGGCGGCGGUGGUGGAGGAGGUGGUGGCGGCGGCGGCAAUGGAGGAGGCGGAGGAGGAGAUAGCUUGGACGUCCCCGUCCCCCGGUUUGCUGUGGGUAUCGUCAUUGGCAGAAAUGGAGAGAUGAUCAAGAAGAUACAGAAUGACACGGGCGUCCGGAUUCAGUUUAAACCAGAUGACGGCAGCACACCAGACAGAAUAGCACAGAUCAUGGGUCCCCCUGACCAGGCUCAACACGCAGCGGAGAUCAUAUCUGACCUGCUGAGGAGUGUUCAGGCUGGAGGACCCCCAGGACAUGGUGGUGGUGGCGGCGGAGGAGGCGGCGGCGGCGGCGGCAGAGGGCGUGGCCGUGGGCAGGGCAACUGGAACAUGGGGCCCCCUGGUGGCCUACAGGAGUUUACCUUCACGGUCCCAACUAUGAAGACAGGCCUCAUCAUUGGAAAAGGUGGUGAGACAAUCAAGGGCAUCAGCCAACAGUCCGGAGCCAGGAUUGAGCUACAGAGGAAUCCUCCACCCAACGCUGAUCCCAACAUCAAAAUGUUCACAGUCAGAGGCUCCCCCCAACAGAUCGACUACGCCAGGCAGCUGGUGGAGGAGAAAAUCGGAGGACCAGUCACACCAAUGGGCGGCCCACAUGGUCCCCCUGGUCCACAUGGCGGCCCAGGCCCACAUGGUCCUCCUGGGCCACCUGGACCUCCCGGGGCUCCCAUGGGUCCAUACAACCCUGGACCAUAUAACCAGGGACCUCCAGGGCCACAUGGUCCUCCCGCACCUUACCAGCCUCAGGGAUGGGGCAAUGGCUACCCACACUGGCAGCAGGGACAACCUGAUCCAAACGUUUCUGGUCCAGAUAAAGCAGCAGCUGAUGCCAACGCAGCAGCGUGGGCAGCCUACUACGCUCAGUACGGACAACAGCCACAGACGCCCAUGACCCCAACAAGUGGCGCUCCCGGCACAACUCAAACAAACGGCCAAGGUGACCCACAGGCUGCAGGUCAGAGUGGACAGGCAGAUUACUCCAAGGCCUGGGAGGAAUAUUACAAGAAAACUGGUCAACAGAGUCAACAACCUCAGGACUACACGAAAGCCUGGGAGGAAUAUUACAAGAAGCAAGGUCAAGCGGCCCCUCAGGCCACUGCAGCAGCGGCAGCCUCCCAGCCUGGAGGCCAGCCUGACUACAGCGCUGCCUGGGCGGAGUACUACCGGCAGCAGGCUGCGUACUAUGGUACAACAAGCCCUCAGGCGAUGGGUGCAGCACCACAAGCCCCUCAGGUACACCCCCGAUAAGAAUCUGCCCUCCACAUUCAUGUUUACUCAGUAGUUUGGUGCCGUAACCUCCUUCCUCCCCAAGGUCUCCACAGGGGAUCCGGUGGCUGCAGCACGUACACAAACUUAACCAACACACCAUUUCCUUCCUAAACAGGUUUUUUAACUAUUUAAUUUUGGGAAGCUGAGUCCACUUUCCGCUGUUAACAUGCAAUGUAUCUUCUAUGUAUUUCUUCUGCACAGGGCCAGUAAUGUGAAGCGGACAUAAAGUAAAUGCUACAUUGUCGAAACAAAAUCCUUUGUUAAUGUUUGGAUGCAGACGCCUUGAUGAAGAUCUUAAAUUUCCUUGGUUUCAAAGUGUUUCACACAGAUGGCAGAUUUCCCGGCGAACUUGUCCUCUUUCUUUUGUUUUUGUUUCUUUUUUCUUCUUGUAAAUGCUUUGUUUUUAGUGAGUUAAUUAUACAUAUGGUCAUUCCAGUCCUGUAUCUACAUUAAAUGUGGUUAGAACUCCUGUUUAUUGAACUGUUGACAUUACCUUGUAAAUCAUCUCAGUUUUAAAAAUGCUAUUGCCUGUUGUGUUUUUGCAAUAAAACAAACUGAAACCUCCUGUGUUGGUAAGUUGGGGUGGUUUAAAAACCAGGCGGGUGGGUUGACAUCAAUUUCUGUAUGUUGUUUUUACCUGAGCGGGGUGGGGAGGGGGGGUGGAAGUUUAAAACGCAGGCCAAGUGUGGGUUUCAUUGUUCAAAAUGGUCGACUCCAAGUUGUGCUGUCCUGUCUCUCUCCAACUGUCUAUAAGGCUCUUAGAUACAUUAUGUGCGUGCAAUGAUCUCGAGUGGUUCAGACCAACAAACGUCCUCUUGUAGAUUGACUAUUUUUAAUUUUCCACUUCCUGUUUUGUCAUUAGAAAGUUGACUGGUAUCUGUGUAUCGUAAACUCAUGCAUUUACCUGCGUUGCUGUGGCACUCUUGUUGUUUUUAAAAAGUCUUUGCCUGGUUUGACAUUGUUGAGGUAGUAUGCUCUGUAUUUUGCCUUGAUAGACACUUCCUCCUCCUCCACAGGCGAGUUUAGAAAAGCGGUAAGCAAGUGUUUUUCUUAACCUGUUCCUCAGAAAACGUGGUUGCAAGAAAAUGCUGCAUAUUUUUUAGUGUUCUUAUAAACAUAUACAUAUAUAUAUAUAUUCUUGUGCUGUUCUUUUUCCAGGACAGUCAGGUAAAUUGUAUGGAAAAUGCAUUGAAACGUUUGUCUUGCCCAUUCUCUCCAGUUGUGAACUAACUCACAUGUAUAAAGUUGUUUUUUUUUAAAAAGAAUGUUUUUUUAAUAUAAAAACAUUGCAAAAGAAAACGUAUUUUUGCUGUGCCCAUUCUGUUAGUCUUUACCCAGUAUAAGAACGUAGAUGUUGUAGGGUCGGGGGUGGCUAAGCAGUCUUCAUCCAUCAGUUGAGCCCUCCUCUCCUGUAAGUACAAAACUGAUUUGACUUCUGAGAGAAAAAACGCCUUUUUUUUUAUGCUUUACAAACUUGAAGCGAUGUAGUACUUUUUUUGUCACAUAUUUCCAUCUCCCCCCCCCUCCCCCCAUGUGUUUGGGUAAGUAUGAAAUGUUCCCGAGGAGAGGCUUAAGGACUUGUAGAUGUUUGAUUCUCGUACCACAUGUUUCUGAGACUUGCCUUGUGUGACAGUUUUAACAUGACGUCUCUGACUCUUCACAGUCGUAGCGUGUUCUAGUUUCUGUGUAGGAAGUUGGAUUUUUCUCUGAACUGAGGCUUGAAUGUCAGUGUUUUUUAUCCACUGCUGGUAGGAACUGUUUUAAGGAUGUCAUGUGGUUUUUACAUUUCUGACCUGCCAAGUGCCAUUGUCUAGUCGAGACUCAUGUUUUUUACAAAAAUGCCAUUUAUUGCAACAUAUUGCUUAAAAGUCCCACUGCAUAUAUCCAGUGUAGCAUGCUUAGGUUUCUGCUCUUAUUUCUUCAAUGUCCUAUAUGAGCAUGUGGAAUGAUGCGAGUAGCGGAAGUGUGUCUCAGUAGCUCCGUUUUGAUGAUGACAUUUAUUCUGAUGUUGAAAAAGGCUGUUGAUUUAUAUAUUUUUUUAAAAAGUCAAAACAAUCUCUGCAUUGUUCACUGAUGGCAAACAGUGCGAUAUCUGAUCUUUGCAGUGUCGUCCCUGACCUUGCACCUUAGGUUCUGCCGCAAAAACACAGGUAAGCGAAACCUAAGGAAACCAGUGUUUCUGUUCAGUGACAUGACCAAUAUGACAUGCAAAGACAAAUGCUUACCUGUGUCGUUAACAUGCCUCCAAUGCAUUCAUGCUUAGUCGUAAAGAUAUUUCUGAAAGUCUGAACAGUCCAUUUUUUUUAAAAUAAGGAUGAUCUGCCUUCAUGAAUGAAAUGCAUGACGUGACUUGUAUGACUUGUUACAUGACGUUUUGACUUCUCAACAAAUCAGAAAAACGCUCUUGUGUAGAUUACCUGAGGAAAAUGUUCGUCAUUAUCGUAUGUGCUUAAUAUGAUGAUAGCCUUAUGUUUGCAUUCCCGGUAAGUCUGAUAGCGAUUUGUACAAUGAUUUAGUCAACUCUGACCCUGGUGUAACAAACUGCAUGCCAUGCAAACCUGUUGCCAGACGUUAGCCAUGUGCUGAGCUGUCAGAUCGGUGAAAUACAUGAUUCUCCUCUUUUUUUUAUCCUAUUUCUCCUGUCGUGGUGUGAAUCUGCCCUCAACGUGCAGUGCAAAGUCUCUUAUUGAAACGCUGCUGCCUUCACUUCUCGCUCACAGUGUUGGAGGACGCUGCAGGCUUAGGUCGUAGAGUCAGGCCCUGUCGUAGUUUGCCCCCCCCUACACAAAAAGGAGGAAUGCUUUGAGUCAGUGCCACUGCUGAACGUAGACCGUUCGAGAGCUCCGGUGAUAAGGUAAAAAAAAAAAAACAAUAAACCCAGCAACGCAUUGAAAUUUUAAAAUUCUGUGAUUGCAAAAGUAUUGGUCAGAUUUCUGUUUUCCAGCUCGGAUUGAUUUCUCUCUUUAAACCAUGCCAUAGUGUAUUUAGAGCUGUCUGUUGGUUAACUGCUUGAUUACUUGCAUUUAGUCACAUUUAGCGAACAGGAAUGUGGGUUAGAAAGUUGGACGAGGACAGGAACUUAACACAUUUUCUAUAACAUAUGCACUGUUUCUACUGGGAGUAACAUUUUGGGGUUUCUCUGUAGUUUUAAAAGGUCACAUAAUGUGUUUGAGGCUUUUCACUCUGUACAUGUCAGAUGCUCAGUGUUUCAACACACAGUUGGAGUGGGUGUAGAAGACUAAACAAGGAGCAUGCCUUAGAGGUAAAGAGGUUUCAUGUGCUGUGUAUAUUCUAUUGGUUUGUUUUAUUCAGUGAACUGUUCUGACUUAACAUGUUGCCAUGUUCAUCAAUAAAGUUGUAUCAAAUAAA